ACCAAAUAUCGUGGCAAAACAUACAUAUAUGUGGAAAAUGACGAUAGUGACACAUAUAUUGGUAAUAUAUCGUCGAGUGAUGUGACCACGUCAUCGUCCGAUAGCGAGGUUGACGAACUGGAUAUUAAUGAGAUAUAUGGAUAUGGUGGUGGUAAACACAAAACACUCAUCGACAUAAUACUACGACCUAGUGGUACCACACAUAGUGGUACGACACACAGUGAUAUACCACGUACUGGUGAUAACAUGGACAUAGUGGAUACCACCACACCUAGUGAUACCACAACACCUAGUGGCACAACAAAUAGUGGUACAACAAAACCUAGUGGGACCAAUACACGUGGUAACAUAUAUAGUGGUAUCGAUAAUACUGUGGAUACCACUACAUAUAGUGACACCACCACAUAUAGU